AUGGCGGCCGGCCAAGUCGCGCUAGAAAUCUCGAUCCCAAAGAGUCAGCUUGCAACAGAUGUGACGGAAGACACCUUCGCUUGUCCUACUGAUCUCCUGUGUAUCGCGGACGACUGUAAAGCUCAAGACGAGGGAAAGGACAUUGCUGAAAGACAGACUCUUUGUAAAACGGAAGUGAACUACGGAUGCAAGUGCAGGAAAGUUAACUAUCCGCAUCACACUCUGGUCAAGCACGGCUACACGGGUGCCCAGAAUGAGUGGUUGCAGCAGCUUAUUAAGCUCGCCGAUCUCCCAGAGUUCCAAACCGAAUGCAGAGGCGGCAAGCAACAUGCCUCAGACAGCAAGACCAAGUUCAAAGAAAAGGUGAACGCAGCGUGCAAGGAAAAUCCGGAAUUAGAAGAGACCUGGACGUUCUCGGAUUCUGUGGAGGGGUUCACUUGGGGACUCUCUUGGGAAAAGAAAGACGGUGAUUGUCUAUUUGACUGCCAGACGAUCUUUCCCACUUUCGAGGAUGCUAGUAAUCGCAUUUACGAUGAUGGCCUUGAGAAGAAUGGGGUAAUUCAUACUGAUUGUGGGAGUGCGAUUUACGUUGCCUAUCAGUUAGGACAAUAG